CUGUGUCUUUGCUGCCGCCCUACGAGGGCCUGAGUGUGCUGCGCCUCGGGGGCUGGGUGGCUGCGCUGCUGAGCCCAGCCGAAUCCAGCCUGUCGGGCUGGUUCAGCCCAGGCUUUGUCCCAACUGCUGAGCAGGGAGAGGUGCGGUGCGGCUCUGCGACAGAUACACAAGAUCAUCAGAGAUGCUGGGCCUGUCACCCCACGCCAGUAGCUCCUGCUGCUGGUGGUGACAAUGUCAAAUAACGGCUUAGACAUCCAGGACAAGCCUCCAGCCCCUCCGAUGAGAAACACCAGCACUAUGAUUGGAGCUGGCAGCAAAGACACUGGAACCCUAAACCACGGCUCCAAACCUCUGCCUCCAAACCCAGAGGAGAAGAAAAAGAAGGACCGAUUUUACCGAUCCAUCUUACCCGGAGAUAAAACAAAUAAAAAGAAGGAGAAGGAGCGACCAGAGAUUUCUCUCCCUUCAGAUUUUGAGCAUACAAUCCAUGUUGGUUUUGAUGCUGUCACAGGAGAGUUUACGGGGAUGCCAGAGCAGUGGGCUCGCUUACUUCAAACAUCAAAUAUUACUAAGUCUGAGCAGAAGAAAAACCCACAGGCUGUUCUGGAUGUUUUGGAAUUUUAUAACUCUAAGAAGACCUCCAAUAGUCAGAAGUACAUGAGUUUUACAGAUAAGUCAGCUGAAGAUUAUAAUUCUUCUAACACUUUGCUGAGGGCCCUUCAUAUGCUAGGCGAGUGCUCUACCACUGAGAAUGUGAAGACUGUGUCUGAGACUCCAGCAGUGCCACCAGUGUCAGAAGAUGAAGAUGACGACGACGAUGCUACCCCACCUCCAGUGAUUGCUCCACGCCCAGAACACACAAAAUCUGUAUAUACACGAUCUGUGAUUGAACCACUUCCUGUUACUCCGACUCGGGAUGUGGCUACAUCUCCUAUUUCACCUACUGAGAAUAACACCACUCCACCAGAUGCUUUGACCCGGAAUACUGAAAAGCAAAAGAAGAAGCCUAAAAUGUCUGAUGAGGAGAUCUUGGAGAAAUUACGGAGCAUAGUGAGUGUGGGCGACCCUAAGAAGAAGUAUUCACGGUUUGAGAAGAUCGGACAAGGUGCUUCAGGCACGGUGUAUACUGCAAUGGAUGUAGCCACAGGGCAGGAGGUGGCCAUUAAACAGAUGAAUCUGCAGCAGCAGCCGAAGAAGGAGCUGAUUAUUAAUGAGAUCCUGGUCAUGAGGGAAAACAAAAACCCAAAUAUUGUGAACUACCUGGACAGUUACCUUGUGGGAGAUGAGCUAUGGGUUGUCAUGGAAUACUUGGCUGGAGGCUCCUUGACAGAUGUGGUGACAGAAACCUGUAUGGAUGAAGGUCAGAUAGCAGCUGUGUGCCGAGAGUGUCUACAAGCUUUGGAGUUCCUACAUUCAAACCAAGUCAUUCACAGAGACAUCAAGAGUGACAACAUUCUGCUGGGAAUGGACGGCUCUGUCAAGUUAACUGACUUUGGAUUCUGUGCACAGAUAACUCCAGAGCAGAGCAAAAGGAGCACCAUGGUGGGAACUCCAUAUUGGAUGGCACCUGAAGUUGUGACACGGAAGGCCUACGGACCCAAGGUUGACAUCUGGUCCCUGGGCAUCAUGGCGAUUGAAAUGAUUGAGGGGGAGCCCCCAUACCUUAAUGAAAACCCUUUGAGAGCCUUGUACCUCAUUGCCACCAAUGGGACCCCAGAGCUUCAGAACCCAGAGAAGCUGUCGGCGAUUUUCCGGGACUUUUUGAACCGCUGUCUUGAGAUGGAUGUGGAGAAGAGAGGUUCAGCAAAAGAGCUCCUGCAGCACCAGUUCCUGAAGAUUGCCAAGCCCCUCUCCAGCCUCACCCCACUGAUUGCUGCAGCAAAGGAGGCAACCAAGAACAAUCACUGAACCACGCUCGCCCAGCCUCAUUGUGCCAAGCCUUCGAGGAAGUAAACACUCGUGUCUGGGAACUCCGACCCCUGAUGCCCUCCUCCUCUCU